UUUAGCAACAAUGCAAAAGCUAAGAUGACAGGCUAAUGCUACUCCCGUUUGAUAUGAGCCAGCUUCAUUAGCGUCAGUCCUUCGGUCGUUUAAUAUCUUAGAAAUCUCUAUUUUCUUCUAUUAUUGAGGCGGCGUGGAGGCCACAGAGGGACGAAGAGGUCGGCUUAGAUCAUGAUUUCUGCCCUAGCUUGUGGAGCCGUGGUAUUUCCGGGGCUUUUCUACAGCUUCAGGAAAAUACUGAGACACACUUUGACUAAGUGGAGUGAUGCCGACGUGGUGUCGGUCAGUGAGAGGCUCGUCUCCGCCAUCCAUGGCUGUCUGGCUACUGCAGCUGGAGUCAGAGUGGUGACCUCCUGCAGCGACGUCAUGACUGACAGUCACUGGCUGACCAAUUGGUUCGUUGUGUUCGGAGCGCCCUACAUGGCCUACGACAUCUUUGCCAUGUAUCUGAGCCACUUCCACACUCAGAGGGUCAGAGGUCAUUCCAGCUCGAACAGCAGCCACUCCCCGCGCACAGUCAAGGCUUUCCUCAUGAAGGACUGGAUGUUGGUGGUUCAUCACCUGGCGCUGCUUCUCAUUUUCCUGCCCAUCACUCUGUUCUUCAGAAGAGGACUCGGGGAUUUCUUCAUCGGCUGUCUCUUCACCACAGAGUUCAGCACUCCUUUCGUCUCCACGGGGAAGAUUCUCAUCCAGCUGGGCCUCGAUAACGGCAGGCUGCACAGGAUCAACGGCAUCAUCGUCCUGCUGACCUUCUUCACAUGUCGGAUCCUCGUCUUCCCCUUCAUGUACUGGAUGUACGGCCGGCAGUUUGGGAUCCCCCUGCACAGAGUGGCCUUUCAUCUGCCGCUGCAUUGCAACGUGGGUAACCUGGCGAUCCUGGCUCCGCAGGUCUACUGGCUGAUCCUGCUGCUAAAGAAAGCUAGAAGACUGUACCAGCGACAGAAGAGAGACGGAGGCAAAGACAGGCUGAAGACCGACUGACGAGUUGUCUGUUGACCGAAUAGAUUAGCUUUACUCUGACACGAUGAACUAGGACCACUGCUUACUAUUUUCAUAGUAAACAUGUUCUUUAUAAAGUUAAAAAGAAAAACCCUCGUCUGCUUCAUGGUUCAGCUCAAUUGUUCUCACCUGUGUUCCUAAAUUGAUGUAUGCCCAUAUAAGGGCAUGAGACUGCAGGGCUGUGUGCUCACAUACACACACAAGUGUGAAGGCUGUUUUGUCAUGAGCCGGGGAUCCAGCCGAAGAUUUCUGCCUUUUUAAUAAGAAAGUUUUUUCUUACCACUGUAACUUUUGCAGCUUUGCUAAAGUGCUCAUGAUGGAUAGGCCGGAUCUUUGUAACAUAACAAUAAGUAAGGUCUUUUACCUGCUUUUUGUAAUAUAACAAUGAGUAAGGUAUUUUACCUGCUUUUUGUAAAGUGUCUCGAGAUAACACUUGUUAUGAGUUAACGCUGUACAAAUAAAAAUUGAUUGAUUGAUAAGUCACACUGGAUCGUAAAGAGAAGUGUAGAGACUUUGGGGAAUACCUAAAUUAAAAUCUCUAUACAAUUUAAUGCUGGACGCCAAGUUUUAAAUACUGAACUGGAUGUAGUGAUGCCCCAAAUGAAACCCAAACAGGCUGACUUAAUGACAUAUUUAGCCGCGUCAGUAGUGGAUAGAAAUGGAAACUACAAACAGAAACAUCAGAUAAUAUCAAGAGCUCAGACGGAGCUGUCAUCAGAAACGAUGUCAGAAAAUGACGCACAUUUUUGAACUUAUAACCACUGUGUUGUGACGCCUGUCCUACUGAAAUGCAUCGAUUAGAUAAAACUCAUCACAAGAUAGAAGGCAGGACAUAAUGUUGGAAUGAUUUUGAUGAUUUUGAUCUUGAAACUCAGAUAUUGCUUCAUUUAAAUAAAUUUGGCAGGUAAAUGAACUUUUAACUCAGGAACGCUGAAUUUAAAGAGGGAAUGUGUAUGUUUCAUGAUAUGACAAUUCAAAUCUGAGGGGAUGAAUACCUGGAAACAGGAGAGAGACACACUGAUAUUUUGUGCUAGGCACAUUUUUAGAAUAAGAAUAAAUCCCAGAUAAGAAAACUUUAGUGAAUAUCAGGAUCUUCUAAAAACUGUAAGUCAGUUUGAAGAACACAUUUCUUCUUAAGAGCGGUGGGUGAAUGAGGCCCAAAGAUUGUGAAUGCUUUAAAUUAGGUUUUCCUGAAGAUAUUCAUACUUUUCUAGAUUUGUUUAUUUUUACUUUCCAGAAAAGUAAUUUUCUUUCCGAUUUUUCAAAUCUCCAGAUAUUUCUCCCUGAACAGAUGUCCCGGUACAUCCACGAGCAGAGGAGUCUCAGGUGUCUUUGUUGCACUACAUUUGAAUCAUUGUGAGUGUGUUGUGUUGUUAAAGCUCUACGUUUAGCACAAAAUAUUUUUGUAUGAAUAAAAUGACUUUCAUGAAAUCA